AUGUCCAAGUACGGCGUCAUGGUCAUGGGCCCUGCUGGGGCCGGCAAGUCCACCUUCUGCGCUUCCCUCAUCACCCACUUGAACCUUAAUCGCCGAUCCGCCUUCUACGUCAACCUUGACCCGGCCGCCGAGUCAUUCGAGCACGCCCCCGACCUCGACAUCAAGGACCUCAUCUCCCUGCACGACGCCAUGGAGGAGGUCGGCCUCGGCCCCAACGGUGGCCUCAUCUAUUGUUUCGAGUUCCUCAUGGAGAAUCUCGACUUCCUCACCGAGGCCCUCGACAAUCUCACCGAGGAGUACCUUAUCAUUUUCGACAUGCCCGGCCAGAUCGAGCUCUACACCCACAUUCCCAUUCUCCCUGCCCUUGCCCGCUUCCUCUCUCAGCCUGGAUCCCUCGACAUCCGCCUCUGCGCGGCCUAUCUCCUCGAGGCCACCUUUGUUGUCGACCGCGCCAAGUUUUUCGCCGGCACCCUCAGCGCCAUGAGCGCCAUGAUCAUGCUCGAGAUCCCUCACAUCAACGUGCUGUCCAAGAUGGACCUCGUCAAGGAUCAGGUGCGCAAAAAGGACAUGAAGCGCUUCCUCACCCCCGACACGGGCCUGCUGGACGAUGACCCCGUCGCUGCGGGGGGAGGGGAUCUGGACGACGGCCGCGGCGAGGUCCACGACCGUGACCUCGUCAUGCGCGGCAAGAGCUUCCAGAGGCUAAAUAGAGCCGUCGCCGGGCUGAUCGAGAGCUUCAGCAUGGUCAACUACCUAAAGCUGGACAACACGGACGAGGACAGCGUCGGGGCGGUGCUGAGCUACAUUGAUGACAUCAUUCAAUAUCACGAGGCGCAGGAGCCCAAGGAGCUCAAGGACGGCGACUUUGACGAGCCCAACGACGACUGA